UCGGGUAAGGCAGCAGGAAGGAUCAGAAACGCCUCAGUGCCAGGAAAAUUCCCCUGUUUCCACAUCUCCACGCCUCCCUGCGACAUCAUCUCCAUGCAGUCGCUUAUUUAAACGCAGAAUCGAGCGAAAUUAACUAUAACACAAGCUCUUGCUACUGUAACUGUAAUAUCACCGGGUGAUAUUUACCUUUCGACAAUAUGACUGUUACAACCGGAUCUCACCCUGGUACACCAGUGCUAACUCGUGGGACAUUUAGAAUUAAGAUGCCAAGGUUCUUAAAAAAGCACAGAAGGUCUGCUACAUCUUCGGAAACUCCAGUCAUCACUGAUCCUUCUAUCACACUGGAAGAACCAGUUGUCUUGAAUUUCCAGGAGUGUCUGAAUCAGAGGUAUUUCUCCAAAGCUGCCCAAAAGCUGAUUACUCAAGAAGAUAGUCUGUUUGCACAAGGUGCAAACUCCACGCCAGAAGACAGGAACAAGCUGGAGAGCGAUUAUAAUAAGCUUCUCAACCAAAUAUGGCUGGCGAUGAAGGGAACAUUCGAGGCAGGUACACGGGAAACAGAGAUUCUGAAGGAGGCAGUGAGAGCCAUCCAGCUGGAGGAGGAACAGGACCGGAAAUGGAAGGAUGCAGGGCUGCCAGAGGAAAGGGACGUUCCUGGCUGGAGACCCCUGGAUUGCAGGACCAAGCACGACAGCCAGCUCCGGGAGCUGGUCAGGACGCGACUGGAAGACGUCGAGGAUGUGAGCGGGGCUGACAACCUCUCCUCGUCCCUGAAAAAGGAAAUCUGCAGGAAGGGCAAGCGCCUGAAGAACGAUCUCCUCACGGUCGUGCAGAACGUGAAGCUGUGCUACCCAGAGGAAUUCGACAUAUGCAACCUGUACGCCAGGCUGUACCAUGAGGCGUUCGCAGAACAACUGAAGUCCAUCGCUGAGUUCGGGCUGGAUGCAGAAGACUCAGUUUAUCUCCUGUUCUGGGUGAAUGAUUGCUAUCCUGAGGAUGUGUUGAAAUGCAAUAAGCUGACUUUGGACAUUAACACUGAAGCACUUGGACCUCUGCUGCCUGAAGAGAUGAUCAGCCCCCUGAAAGACCUGUAUCUCACAUACAAAGAGAGUAAGAUGGAGUCCUGGGGCCGUAACGUUCUCGAGAAACAGAAAGAGAUGACAAACCAUCCCAGUGAAAUCGACGGCUGCUACUCCACAGACAUGGCCAUCGAUUACUUACAGCUUUUUGACUCAGCAGUGAAGUCGGCGGCAACUAUGCUGGAAGACCCAGAGAAAGUCAAGAGGAUCGCGGGUCAGCUGAGGGUCUUUCUGACCAGCUACAAGAAGUUUCUGCAAGAGGUGUUAAAAGAGAGACACGGGCAGGCUGCUCCUACAGUGAAGGCACACUUAGCCAGUCUGAUCGAAUUCAAGCGGUACAUCGAGAACAACGGCAGCCUUUUCACGAUGGACACGAGAGACAGCCCCCUGUCCAUAGUGGCAGAGCUAAUUGACGCUAGCAACACUUACCUCACUAGCAUUGCACACAAAGCUCUCAAGCUGAAGUACAGCAAACUGGGGACUGAAGACUGGUUUUCUGGGAAUUACAUAGAAGUGCUGGACGAGAUUGAGAAGCAAAUUAAAAACUUAAAGAACAACCUGCAUAUGAAAUGCCACGAGGUGCUGUUGGGCCGAAUGCACAGGGAGGUGCUGGUAGAGUACGUGAGGAGGUUGUUCAAGAGGAAGGUGAAACUAUCAGACAGGGUUCAGCAGGAGACGGCAGCGAACCUGGUGUGUAUGGACAGCAGCAGGCUGACGGAGCUCUUCACUGAGGCGGGCUCAAGGGAGGACUGGCUGCAAAACCUCCUUCCGAAAAUUGCUGAUGUGCUCCGGACACAGGACCCACCUUUUAUCCAGCUGGAGGUGGCCAUCUUAGCCCGGGACUACCCUGACCUCAGUUCACGCCACAUCGGAGCUCUGCUGAACCUUAAACACAACCUCUCCAGUGAAGACAUCUCCAAGAUCAAGCAGAGUGUGAAGGAAACGAUGCAGUGUAUCCCCAGUGGAAAUUGCCGGCCUUUCUUCUCCAUGGUGGCAGUAAAGCGGCAACGCUUGGCCUUGAUUUAACCUUCAGAUAUUUCACUUGUCAGGUGAUCAGUAAAUGUAAAGUGUCUCAUUGCUGUAUUGUAAGUUGGAUCUGUGAUUCGUUAUGUUACACAUUUCAUAGCUUUUUGUGGAACGAAGUGUAACAGAGUAUAUAAAUGUAAAAAGCCAAGCUUUUUCAGUUCUUGAUGUAUUGUCAUCAUCACUAGGUAACCUCUAAUGUAAACACAGGGUGUUGUGAGAAUUUCUGUUCCAUAAAUUUGUUGACAUAUUACUCAACAGUGCUAACCAAACAUCCCACAUAAUGGCAAAGAAUUCUUCAGUCUUCAGAUGUAAAUAAUACGUUGGUGUCUUUUGUAUAGUACUUAUGUUUAUAAGCUUUAUUCUUUUUUUCACUUUUUUAACUGAAUGUUUGUAUUGUAAUGCUUCAAUAAAAAGGUGUAUUUGUGA